AUGUUUGUGCAAAGGCAAUUUCAGAAGUACCAGAAGAGAAGUGCAGACGAGCAGCAGAUUUCUCUACUGCUCAAGGACUUUGAAGAUGCAGACCAGCUGUUAGGAAGAAUCAUUGAAGCCGCAAAGGCAUGGCGGGACGCUUGGACGUCCAUCUUGACCGUUCAGUGUCGCUUCCUUUCCGAAAUAGAUCUGCUGUAUGCUCCCAUCGUUGGAGCUGGUGAGGACUACUCCGGCCACGUUCCUGUCGAAACUCUCGCGAACUUGGUUGCCAGGACAAGCAGACUCAAGACCGAAUACGACGACCUGAAGCGAGAUUUGGCCGAAGACUUGAACGAUGUACAGGCCAAAAUGAUCGAUCCAGCUCAACAAACCAGGGAUAAUUUGGCCAUCGCUAGGAAAGUCAUGAAGAGGAGAGAAGACAAGAAAUUGGACUACGAGAGGUACCAGAGCAGGGUCGACAGUAGCAUGAAGAAGACAAGACUCUCAGAUCGCGAGCGGGCACAACUUACUAAGGCUCAAUCUGAUCUGACUCUAGCCACCGAAGCCUAUACAGCUGCAGACGACCAUCUGCGUGGCUACCUUCCUCCACUACUCACUGCGGUGUGGUCGUUACAGCCGCACCUCCUUGCUGCACAGAUUCGUAUUCAAAACAAUCUUCUGGCACACUAUUACACUAUGCUGCAUUCUUAUUGUCAAGAAGAAGGCUUUCCUUCACCGAGUCCUCCUAUGGAUGAAGUAAUACGCAUAUGGGAGACUGCAUGGAAACCUCGACAGAAAGAGAUGGAAGCGAUGCCUAUGAUAGCGUCGGGUAAGGCUGUCCGAAAGUCCUUCAGCACUGAUGAUGUUCACAACCAGAAGCCGGGCACGAACGGCCAUCGUAGACCGUCCCAUCCUACUUCAUACAGUCGAGCCACUUCCGUCUCUCCUGCACGACCAAAUAUGGCUCCUUCAUCACAGCCGUCAAUGCCGAGGCUUUCUCAUUCGCCCUCCUCGGCUUCUUUACUUACUCCUUCCAACGAGACUGCCGUAACAUCUCCCUCGCCUUCAACCAGUGCCUACCAGACUCCUGCCUCAGGCUAUGCUCCAGCUGGACCUAAUGCCGACUACUUUAGUAGAGAUCGGCACACUAGCAACUCAGGCUCGCAGCCUACGACACCUGGUGGCUCCGCCACUCUUCUAUCAGGUCUCGCAAAUAAAAAGAAACCUCCUCCACCACCGCCCCGCAUACCAUCCCACCACUAUCAGUUCGUUACUGCACUAUACGACUUUGGAGGACAGGGCGACGGAGAUUUGGCCUUCAAGGAAGGAGACAAGAUCAAAGUGCUCAAGAAGACUGACAGCACCGACGAUUGGUGGCAGGGCGAACUUAAAGGUGUGAAAGGGAUGUUCCCGGCAAACUAUGUGGCGGUUUGA